AUGGUGAUCGCUAUCAAAGAAAUGAUAAACUUUGCGAUCAACCGAAACAAAAUUUGUGAUCUGCUUACCGACUAUUCCAGUAGGCGAUGUUAUAUCAAAGAAAAUUUGGCCUCACUAGCUCAUAGUCCGAACCAAUUAGCUUUUAGUGGAGUAACUAAUACGCUUUACUUCAGCUUUGACUCAGGCCAAGGGGAGUAUCUACCAGCCUCAUUCAAUAUUGACACUAAAAGGCUAACCGUUUUAAAGGGUAUCAAAGACGCUUUUGCCAUGGCCAGUGAUUCGGCAAAUGAAAUCUACUUCGGUGGCAGUCACGGCAUUUACAAAUACAGUCCAAUUUCGAGGAGCCUCAAGAGGUUAGGUGUGAGUAAUUUAGACAUUUGGUGGAUCCAAGUGAAAUCCAAGAUCUACUUCAUCAAAUUUCCAAGUCUCAAAUUGUACUAUUACGAAAAUCGUAAAAUAAAAUCAGUUUCGCUGCUGAAAAAUUCUACCAUUAACCAGUUUGUGAUUGAUUCAGAUGAUAAUAUAUUUUUCAUAAACAGUACCGGUCUGUUUGGUGUUCAAAAUGGUUCAAGUAAUGUUGUGUUCAUGAAGAAGGAUCCUCGAUAUUACGGGAUAGCUCUAGACAAUGCUGGACACGUAUAUCUUUGCUGUGAAGACGGUGUGUACGUCGUUGGUAAAAUGUUGCAAAAGGUGAAGAAAUUUUUAAACAUACAUGGAAUAAUGGGUAUGACUUUUGAUAAGGAUAACAACCUUAUUUAUUCGGAUUCUCACGAAAUUUUUCGUCUUAAACCUAUUUCCAAAUACGAUAGUGUUUAUGAUAAUGCGAUGAAUUGA